GAUGUUAUCAGCAGCACCGACCCACCCAAUUAACCCAUCGAAGAUGGCCAAUGCCGCGGUCCGUCAGCGGCGGGUUCACCUGUUCUCUUUGCACUUUAGGUGACGGAUGCGCUGUAUUGCGUUUUAAGUGUACCAUGCAGCAAGGAUUGAGCAAACUUUCCCGCGCGCGCGGUUACGACCUCGAAAGGCUGCCCGAGGACUCGCCUGUCCUGGACUUCUGCAACUACUAUGAUACAUCUGAUGCCAGAGAGAGCUUCUUAAUCGACCAGGACAAGAGAAGGAGGAGACGCAAGAGAAGAAUGUCCUCCUCGUCGUCAGAAGCUGGCAGCGACGACCUCCGGAUUCAGCUUGCAGCUGCGGAGACGCGUGCGGUGGAUGCGGAGACGCGUGCGGUGGAUGCGGACACGCGUGCGGAGGAUGAGCAGAGGCUUAGGUUGGAUGCGGAAAGGCGGGCAUCGGCUGCGGAGAGGCUUCUGGACGUGGCGGCCGCCCAGUACUCUGCCAGGAUGGCCGCCUUGCUGGACAUGCUGGUCACGGCCGCGGUGGUUGCACUGGCGGCCUUCUUCGGUGGCUUUGGCGCCCUCGCGCCCCUGUACAUCGUGUUCGUGAGCUGGCGCUGCCGCGACCUGCUCCCACGGCCGCACCGGCAGUGGCGCGGCGUGGUGGCCGCGGCCGCGACCGUGGCGUUCGCGGCCUUCGGUUACAAGGUCGCGACAUCCGCGGGCUUCGUCUCCAAGGCCGUGGCGUGCGCGAGCAUUUUCGAAGCCGUGGCCUACGCGGCCUUCGUCCCCUGCGUGGCGCUGCUCGUGGCUCGUGCAGCACUCGUCACACUCACACGUGCAAUCAGGUCGUGAGGCGCCACUCCGUCAUGAGCCGCGGAUCAUCAGCGAACAGAGUGCGGGCGUGGUGGACGCGGGCGUGGUGCUGCCGGCGAACUGCUGCUGCCAAGACACGGCCGGAUUGUUACAGACGACUGGAUGUUGUGUUUGGUCACGGUCCGUCAUCAGCGCGGCGCAGCUGGCCAGCUCGCGAGUACGGUGUACUGCUUUUAGUGCCGGAGGGCAGCAGGUAGGGGCAGGUGUGUUUGAGGCUCUGGCUGACGGCUGGCCGGCGGCGUAUGCAGCAUGCCGCGGGCGCUUGGUGGCGGCGCUGGUGCUGGUGCAGUUUGUGUAUCGCGUGCGUGCGCAUUGCACACUGGCGCACGCGUUUUUGACUGUUGAACUGGUUUCGGCACGUGCGUGUGUGCGGCUAAUAUAAGAAUGACUUGAUCCCCACCAUCUGCCGCGUGGGUGGCCUUACUUGAAACGGGCUGGUGGUGAUGGCAACACUGGCGUGGUGCCGGAAAGCAGACAGUGUGUUUCGGAGGUAGGGGCCCAGCAGGGCAUGGCUGGUGCCUUGGUGGGCGUGGGGGCAUGGGUGGGGGCCAGGGCAGGCGGUGCGCAAGUCCAUGGACUCACGGAGGCAGUCCUUCAGGGGCAAGCGCGGCGCGAGGCAGGCAGACAGACAGAUAGAGCAUGGGGCGGCUCGUAGGCAGUGAGGUAGGGCGGGCCAUCUUGAAAGCAGGGGUGCAGGGUGGCCAACUGGGUCGGUGGGUGCUGCCCGAUGCACAGGGGACCGGUUGGUGGCGCGGCUUACAUCAUAAGGCGGCAUGCACGUGUGUGGCUGGUCGCUUAUCGUUGCGGGUCAGGAGUUUUUGGGUCAUGGAGCCCGGACAAUUAGUACCGUCAAAUUAGUACCAUAUGCAAACCCCUGCAUCUCUGCGACCCAUUUAGGUGUGCCUCUCAGCAUUCUAUCUCGUGCCGCUGCCAAGCAGGACUAGGCGCGCUGACCCAUGGCAUCUAUAUUCAACACGUCGUAGACCCCCACCAUGUGUGACGGCAUCAACCCGU